AUGCGACCCGCCCUCUCCCCGCUGUACGCCCUCGCGGUGGCGGCUCUGACCGGCUCGACGCUCUCAGCGCCAGCCACGCUCUCCACCCGCGACUCGCAGCUCGAGCUCAGCACCCUCCAGCAACGACAGGCGUCCAAUGACACCUCCGGCGACAGCCUCAUCCGCCCCUCGUUUGACGUGACUGCCUGCCCCGGAUACCAGCUCGUCGGCGAGCCAAAGAAGUCCCGCGCCGGCUUCACCGCCCGGCUCAGCCUCGCCGGUGAGGCGUGCCACGCCUACGGCGUCGACAUCCAAAACCUGACCCUCGCCGUCGUCUACGAGAACAAGCACCAGCUCCACGUCCACCUCUACGACACCGACAAGCAGCAGUACCAGCUGCCCGACGGCCUCAUCUUUGACCGCCCCGGCGAUGACCCCGCCAAGAUCAAGCAUAGCUCCACCGUCGACGACAGCGACCUCGUCUUCCACCACACGGGCGAGUCGGGCAACUCGACCGGCCCCUGGGCCUUCUGGGUCGAGCGCCGCUCCAACGGCGACGUCAUCUUCGACACCCGUCCCGACAACAUCCCCACCUACGACCAGGGCAUCAACAAUGUCUCGGGCGACUCGAAGCGCAACUCGACUGCCAUGCCGGCCCACCCGCUCGUGUUCGAGAACCAGUAUCUCCAGCUCUCGUCGGCGCUGCCCGAGGAUGCCAACAUCUACGGCCUGGGCGAGUACGUGGGCUCCUUCCGCCGCGACCCGGACGAGACGCUGCAGCCCUUCUUUACCCUCGAUGCCGGCACGCCCGUCGACAGCAACCAGUACGGCUACCACCCGGUCUACACAGAGGCCCGCCAGGGCGCCGACGGCAAGGUCAACACGCACGCUGUCUACCUGCAGAACACGGCCGGCAUGGACGUGCUCCUCCGCCGCGGCCUGAUCCAGUACCGCGCCAUCGGCGGCACGCUUGACUUCCGCUUCUUCUCGGGCGACGAUGCCGAGCGUGGCGGCAACAGCGCCAACGCCGCCAUCGCCCAGUACGUCAACUUCGUCGGCCUGCCCACGAUGCAGCCCUACUGGAGCUUUGGCAUGCACCUGCUACGCUGGGGCUACAAUAACGUCUCGCAGACGCGCGAGGUCAACGAGGCUAUGCGCAAGGCCGACAUCCCGCUCGAGGUGCAGUGGCAGGACAUCGACUACAUGGACACCUUCCGGGACUUCACCGUCGACCCGAACCGCUUCCCGCAGGAGGAGCUGGCCGGCUUCAUCUCGGACCUCCGGUCGCAGCACCAGCACUACGUCCCCAUCAUCGACGCGGCCAUCCCCAAGGCGCCCACCAACGAGAGCGACACCUACGCUGCGGGCACGCGCGGCGACGAGCUCGAUGUCUUCCUCAAUAACCGCAACGGCACGCAGUACGUCGGCUCCGUGUGGCCGGGCUAUACAACCUUCGUCGACCAGCAGGCGCCCAACGCCCAGCAGUGGUGGACCGAGGCCAUGGCCAACUUUAGCAAGAUUGUCGACUUCUCGGGCAUCUGGCUCGACAUGAACGAGCCCAGCUCCUUUAUCAUUGGCAACGCCGCCGGCCCCGAGACCAACCUCUCCAGCACGCCCGUCUACACGGCCCAGACGUCGCAGCCCGGCUGGCCGCAGGGCUACGACAACAUGACCUGGGGCAACUCGGGCAACAUCACCGUCAACGGUACCUACACCUUCAAGCCCGAUGUCCUGCAAAACAACCCGGCGGAGAAGCGGCGCCUGGCCGCGGACUUGGACCUGGCCCUAGCCAAGAGGCAGGACGCCGGCGGCGAAGACAAGUACGGCCCCAACGAGCCCGACUUUGCCUAUGCCAACGCCUCGCAGCGCUACCGCACCAACCCGCCCUACGCCAUCCACAACGGCAUCCACUACAGCGAGGGCCCGCUCAACAUCAACCUCGACCACAAGACGGUGUCGAUGGAUGCGGUCGGCGUCGACGGCGAGCGCUCCUUCUACGACGUCCACAACCUCGACGGCACGCUCGAGGAGAUGCACGUCCACCGCGCCCUCAAGAAGAUCCACCCGGACCAGCGUCCCUUCCUCAUCUCGCGUUCGACGUACCCGGGAGCGGGCAAGUACACGGGCCACUGGCUCGGCGACAACUUCUCCAUCUGGAAGAUUCUGCCGGGCAAGGAGGCGUACAAGGCGGGCGCAGGCAUGGCCGAGAGCAUCGGCGGAAUGCUGCAGUUCCAGAUCUUUGGCAUGCCGAUGGUGGGCGCCGACAUCUGCGGCUUCAACCGCAACACGGACGAGGAGCUCUGCAACCGGUGGAUGAUGCUCGGAGCGUGGUCUCCCUUUAUGCGCAACCACAAUACGCAGGGCGCCAUCUCGCAGGAGCCGUACCGAUGGGACAGCGUGGCCGAGGCAUCGCGCCGCGCGCUGCGCAAGCGGUACGAGCUGCUGCCCACGCUCUACUCGCACGUCUCGCGCUCCAGCGUCACGGGUCAGCCGGCGCUGCGCGCCCUCUGGUACGAGUUCGAGUCGGUCUUUGAGCAGACCAAGGACUCGGCGCACCAGUUCCUCUUUGGACCCGACCUGCUCGUCACGCCCGUCCUCGAGCCCAACGUGACGACCGUCAAGGGCCUCUUCCCCUCGGCCGGCGGAUCGUGGCGCAACGUCUAUACGUACGAGGCCCUCGACGUCGAGGCCGACAAGAACGUCACCGUCGAGGCGCCGCUCUCGCACAUCAACGCCCACCUGCGCCCCGGCCGCGCCCUCCUCACCCACGCCGAGCCGAGCUACACGACCUACGAGACGCGCCAGAAGCCCUUUGGCCUCGUCGUCAACCUCAACAGCACCGGCCAGGCCUACUCGGACUUCUACCUCGACGACGGCGAGACUCCGGCGCCGACGGACAACUCGACGCUCGUCGUCGAGGCGGCCAAGUCGAGCGUCAGCGGAAGGCUCGAGGGCGCGUUCCGCGUCAAGCAGCCCCUGGAGCGUGUCAUUGUCCUCGACGUCGCUCAGAAGCCGAACCGCGUCUCGUUUGGCGGCAAGGACGUCUCGAGCUUCAAGUGGAACGGCGACAAGAAGAUGCUCAACGUCACCGGUCUCAGCGGCGACCUCAAUGGCGAGUGGAAAUUGCGCUGGGAAUGA